AUCUGAUCUCUGCUGAUCCCCGCCGACGUUGUAAACCGGCGAAUGCUCUCCUAUAAAUUCUCCUUCCCUUCUUUCCACUUCCUCGUCAAGCUGUCCACACCCGUUGGAGAUCUCCCACAAUGGUCGCGGCACAGGACCCGGAAUCCUUCUUCGCCACCGCGCCGCCGCUGCGCGACGCCGACGCCAUCGCCGCCAGGCUGCAAGAGUUCAUCGCUCGCAACUCCAACAACGCAGGGGCCGGCGGCGGGCGGCCUAUCGUGUGCGUGACGUCGGGCGGUACGACGGUGCCUCUGGAGCAGCGGUGCGUGCGGUACAUCGACAACUUCAGCUCCGGCCACCGCGGGGCUGCCUCAACAGAGUAUUUCUUGAAGGCUGGUUAUGCUGUUAUCUUCGUCCAUAGACGUGGGAGUUGCCAGCCUUACUGUAGGUUCAUGCCUGACGAUUCAUUCCUCAAGUUCUUAGAUGUCAAUGAAGAAUCAAAGGUUCAAGUGGCCGUGUCCCAUGAAACAGUGGUAAAGAAAUCAAUUGGAGACUAUUCCAAGGCUAUGGAAUGUGGCUCUCUGCUGAAAAUCCCAUUCACCACGAUAUUUGAAUACCUUCAGUUACUGAGGAUGGUGGGUACAUCUGUGAGCUCUGUCGGGCUACGCGGGAUGUUCUAUCUUGCUGCAGCAGUCUCCGACUUCUAUGUUCCUUGGGAUAGCAUGGCAAAACAUAAGAUUCAGUCAGCAGGAGGCCCUCUAGAGAUGAGGCUCAGUCAGGUUCCCAAAAUGCUUUCUGUAUUGCGGAACCAAUGGGCUCCCUUGGCAUUCUGUAUAUCUUUCAAGCUGGAGACAGAUUCAGACAUUCUUGUCCAGAAAGCAGAUAUGGCUCUGAACAAGUACAAGAUGAACAUUGUUGUGGCCAAUUUGCUAGCAACAUACAAAGACGAAGUCAUUAUUGUCACAAAUGGAGAAAAGAAUACCAUCCGAAGGUGCAAUACCGAUGAAGAUUUGGAAGAGCAGAUAAUCAUACUCCUAACACAGAAGCACUCAAAGUAUAUUUAUGGAUCACAGAUGGGUGCGACCAGGGUCCAGACUGAACUAUGAUAUGUCUUUACCGCACUGGUUUGGCCUAAAUCAUUAGAGUAUUUGAUUGGUAUCUGGGUAUUGAAAUCGAAAGAAAUCCCAGUUGGAUGUGAGCAAUCAGUAUACCUGUGAUCUGUAACGAUGCUGAUAGGAGUGUAAGCCGCCUCGACAUUUUCUUCUUCUAUAGUUCCAAUAUUAUGGAAAAGUGAAGCGAAAUGGGCCGUCACCUACUAAUAGCUUUCAGAUCCAAACAAAUCAUUGUAUUUUAGUAUACAAUUAUCGAAUACAGCAAUGUUUAUAUAUUCAAGUUCCAAAUUCACAUA